AUCGAGGACAACAUGAGACGUGAGUGCAAGUGUCACGGGGUCUCCGGCUCCUGUGAGAUGAGAACCUGCUGGAAGGCCAUGCCGACCUUCAACAAGGUCGGAGACAUUCUCAAAGACAAGUUCGACGGCGCCACCGAGGUCAAGCCGCUAGAGUCCAGCCAGCUGAUUCCACUGAACCCCCAGUUCAAACCCCACACCGAUCAGGAUUUGGUCUAUCUGGAAGCGUCGCCGGAUUUCUGCGAGCCGGAUAAAAAAACCGGAUCGCUCGGGACGCACGGGAGAUACUGCAAUAAGACUUCGAAAGCGAUUGACGGGUGUGAUUUGAUGUGCUGUGGGCGUGGCUACAACACGCGCCAGGUCAAGGUCGUCGAGAGGUGCAAGUGCAAAUUCCAGUGGUGCUGCAGUGUCAGGUGUAAGACGUGUGAGCGCUUGGUGGACGAACACGUGUGUCAGUGAGGAGU